UUAUUUGAUUUUCUGUUGUAAUGAACUUUUUUUCUAUAAUUUAAUCUUCAUAAAAAAUUGAGCUUAUGCCAAGUCAUUAGACAAUUGACAUUCAAUGUUGAGUCAAUUUCACAUUUGAUGAUGUACAAUUUCUUCAUGCACAAACAACCCACCAACUAACCCUGAAAACAGAACUCAUGUAAACCUUCUCAAGAGCACAAGAAUAACAGCGGGAUCUCUCCUUCUGGUUACACCAGACCAAAUCACUCCCAAUGGCUCUCUUGUUUCUCAUUCUCCUUCCACUCUUUGGUGUUGGAGAAUCUCAACCCAGUAAUCCAUUAAACCAAACUGAUCUGCAGGUAGCCAUGGAUGACAUGAGAACAUCAUUUUACUAUGGAUUUGUAAUCCUCCUGAAGAUCCUAAACAGUGCACCCAACUCGCUGCAUGAAGGGCAAAUAACUUUCUUGAUGCCCAAUGACGAGGAACUGUCAAAAGUUGCUUUGAAGCUGGACAAUCUCCAAGAUUUCAUUCUCAGUCACUCAAUCCCAAGUGAACUGCUCCUCAGUCACUUGUUACAUUUUCCCAAUGGAACUCUGGUUCCUUCAAGCGUACCCAACAAGAUGCUCAGGAUUACCAACAGUGGAAGAUUAGGUCUGUUCGUGAACAAUGCAAGAGUUGUCACUCCAAAUGUAUGCCUCAACUCUCUGAUAACGUGCCAUGGAAUCAGCACUUCAAUGACAUUUGAUAGUGCUGAUUCUUAUCCUAUAAAAUCUUCAUUUGUUCAUGUGAAAAGGAGACCUGCAUUGCACUGAAAAGGAGACCUCCAUUUGUUCAUAUCGGCUUCAUCUUGGGUAAAUUUCUCGGUGGAAUUAGCUGAGGCUUCUGCAAUUCUCUUGGAUAAGGACCUGCAAUUUUCUCAUCUUCUAGUUGAGAGUUAUAACCUGCUUGUAAGUUCUAUGAUAAAAUGUCCUUUCACAAACUAGUCUCAAUUGGGGCUACCAUUGCUGUAUUUCUCUCUUAUGUUCCCUGUGACGCUAAUAAGCUUGGUAAUGCUAUUGCUAGAUAUGCAUUUUCUGAUU